AUGUGUUUCAAGCCAAAGCCUCCCACAGUCUACAACAUGCCAGAUCCAAGUUCUUUCGAUAGCCCAAAGAAGGAAAUCAAGAAGAAACAUGAUGACGGACACUACUUUUUGGGUUGCAUUUGUGACAUGCGAAGGGCUGUCAUUAUUCUGGACAGUCUUGGAGCUUUGGGCUCCGUGAUUGCUUUAUUAGUAGCUGUGAUUCUUUAUGACCAGUAUGGAAUCCAAGAGGAAGGCAAGGAAGAGGAACGAAUAGUGAUGUGGGUGGACGGCUCAUACAACAUUUGGACUCUUUGCUGCAUCCACAUUCUUGUGAUUUACUCCCAUCUAAGUGGAAUCAUUGGCGCAGUUACCUUUCGAAUAUGCCCGCUGGUCAUUGCCAUGUUGAUUGAGAUUGGCUAUGGCAUUCUGGCCGGACUGGAUCAGAACUGGAUCAGCCUGGGAGUCUGCAUUUUCUUGUUGUAUCCGCAUAUCUCGCUCUGCCAUGAUCUUUCCAGGGGUAUCUUGACGAACGAGAACUCUCAUGGAGAGGAGCAGAAACAUCUGUCCUGUUGGUAUGUAUAG